AUGGCACAGCUUGUGUUUAACAAAGAAAAUCUCCGGCAGUUAAAAGAAGGAUUGGAUGCUUUACUGGAAAUAUUUUCUGAAGUUCUAGAGACUGGUGUCGAACAAGGAGGGUACUGUGAGAAGUCUGUGAAGACAAUGGCGAAAGAGAAAUCUGAUUUAGAAGCGUCCCUAUCAAAGGCAGAGCACCGUCUGAGGCAGGAGAGAUCCCUAACAAGCCAAGAGAAGCUGGAACUCAAAAACGCUCGAUCGUCUCUCAUCUUCUGGGAGGGUCUGGUUAAGUCCAAAAGUGAUAAAAUUGUCGAGCUCCAGAGGCAACAGAACGUCCAGCUUUGGGAGAGAGAAAAAGAACGCAUUUUUGCCCAGUCUGACCAAAAGUAUCAAAUGGAAGAAAGUAACAAAAUGUUACGUAUGAGACGGGACCUGACUAAAGGAGCUUUAUUGACAGGUAGCAACGAAGAGCUCAAGAGAUAUAUAUAUUUGCUCGAGAAG